AUGAGUUUGAGAUUUAACAAUGAAAUACUUGUGUUGUUACAGCUCAUGAGACAUUUACUUGGAACACAUCUUGGUCAUAAUGGAGUUCUCACCAUGUGUUGUAUCCUGGAAGACAGGUUAGAUAUAAACAAGGGGGGAGCUUUCUUAUGUCAUUUUUAUGGGACAGAACUUGGUCAAAUGGUUGUAUUGUGGAAGACAUAUGGAACUUAAAAAGAAGUGGGACUUUCAUAUGAUAUCAAUAAAAUGAUUAAUUGAUUGAUUGAUUAAUUGAUGAUUAAUUUAUUGAUUAAUUAAUUAAUUGAUGAUUAAUUGAUUAAUUGAUGAUUAAUUUAUUGAUUAAUUAAUUAUUUGAUUAAUUAAUAAUUUAUUGAUAUACUUAAUUUACUGUUUAAUUAAUUGAUCGAUUGAUUAGUUGAUUGAUUGAUUGAUUAAUUAUUUGACUAAUUACUAUUAAUAAUAAUUUAUUAAUUAUUGAUCGAUUGAUCAGUUGAUUGAUCAGUUAAUGCAGAUCAGUUAAUGAUUAAUUGAUUGUUUGACAAGUCUUAUACAGUAUUGAUAUUACAGAAAUCUUCGUUUUUGUUGACAGCAACAACUGGUACAAAUUUUCAUUACUGAGAGGAGCAAUAUUCUUCGUGGGGAUGUGUUUAUGGGGGUCGAAGAGAGUGACCAGCCUGCUGCAUAAACCUAUCGCUGUCUUACCAUCUUUCUAUAAGGUAUAGCUUACAAUAUCAGGCCUUAAAAUAUCGUUCAGAGAACCGUCUGACAAAGUGUUCGACGACUUUGAGGUCGCAUGCACAUAUUUAUUGUGAUGUCCGAUGACUUUGAGUUCAGUUUGGCUUGGAAAUAAGUAUGAAUACAGACACAAAUUAAUAUCAGCACAAUUUGGAAAAGUCAUUUGAAUCUUGGCAAUGAAUUCCCGAAGACCCCACGGUGAAACCCCGCACUUGAUUACACAUUUGCAGUUCAUAUUUUAUACAUUACUCUGAUGCUCCAUUUAACAUACGAGCCUCUAGUCCUGGACUAGGGUAGGACGUUGGACAAAGUUAAGCUAGGUCGGACACCAAUUCACUCGGGUCGGGUAAACACUAAAUCUCAGUUUGACUUAGGUCGGACAGAAUGUCCAGUGGUUUCCUCUCUACGUCGGACAAUGUCCGUGACCGACCGAUAUUUUAGCCUGAAUAUCAAUCCUACACGAGUGAGUUUUUAUAAAAGUUAUUCUGGGGCAAACACAGGAUCAAUCUACCUGAAAAAUAUAACCAGAACUUCGACGUUUUCGAGCAUAGGCCUUCGUUUGGAUUUAGAACCCACUGACCAAGUGGCAACAUGGAUUUAUCAACUGGGCGAGGGACCAAUUUCUAGUUUGGGUUUUUAUAGCCUCUCUGACCAGCUAGAUAUUCUUAUUUUUCAAAAUGUCUGACAAACAUCAAAUCUAAGAUCCCACUCUAACUAUGUAAGCUUGGCCUAUGCAUGGACCAAUGGACCAUACUAAGGACUUUUGCCACAGAGCAACGCCAUAGCUCCCUUGACUCUGUGAUUAUGCAUCCUGUCUAAUCUAUACUACAGUAGUUUCAGCCAACCUCAAUGGCAUCGCCCGCCAGCACUCCUAUCAAGCUGGAUCCAUAUAUGGCCCUAUUUGCCAUGUUCUAGGUGUUGUCAUGUGACAAUGAAAGUGUGAUUUGUGAAGUGACGCUGUCAAUGCAAAGACUGGUGAAGAAAUACGGCAUGAAACAACAUGACACUGCUUGGGAAUCCAUUCUCGAUAUUGCUUCAGCGCUACAAGAAUAUGUGGAGGUAAGGCCUAGACUUAAUCUGCGUUGACUAACAAAAAUUGCUUUGUACCAGCAAGUAUUGCUUGGCAAUAGCCAGCGUCCGCCAGCUUUUUGGGCAGCCUGCCUACCCUAUCUGCUUACCUGCUUGCCUGCAUGUCUACCUACCUAGCUGCCUUACCUACCUACCUGCCUACCCGCUUGCCAAUCUGCCUGCCUGUCUACAUACAGUACUGCCAAGAAAUAACUUGUCCCCGCGUCUGCCCGCGUCCUGCCUCCAGAGCGCCCGCGUCUUGCGUCCACUCUGCCCGCGUCCUGCCUCCAGAGCGCCCGCGUCCGGCCUCCACGACGCCCGCGUCUUGCGUCUACUCUGCCCGCGUCCUGCCUCCAAAGCGCCCGCGUCCGGCCUCUAGUUAAAAACUGCGUCCCCUUGGACGCAGUCGUCGUAACAUAAUCGGAAAAACGAACUAAUAUUUGCAUCAUACUCGUAGUUUGUCGUGAGAAUACAGAUCAGUGUCACUGAUCGGAGAAGCAAAGAAUAAAAAGUUGAAUCCGAAAUCGAGUUUCAUUGAACCUAAGCGUUACACUUAGUAUAACCAUUUUAUAAUGUUACACGUUAUACUACAGUAAGCGUAGUGCUUUCACAAUGCAAUCACACGUACGUGAGUGGCGAUUGAAGCGUAUAUGACUGUAUAUUUGAGCGCAAAAUAGACAUAAACUAUAUAUAAAUAUAAUAGUUUGUGUUGUUUUUCCAAAGCAGCAAAUGCACAUGGUGAUAUGUCAUAUAAAUUGAUAAUUACCAUAUAAUUUCUGGAUAAAUGACUUCUCUUAAUCCCUUAAUGGAAUACCUUUACAUGUCCAGGAAACAGUCUUUGUGUUUCAACACGGUUCAAUGAGUGUGACUCAUCGCUUGAUUUUCAAAGUUGCAGUAUAAUUCGCUAAAGCUGAAGUGAAGAGCUCAGACAAAUAUCACUCGAUUCGUAUUACUAUCAGACUAAUAAAAUGAGGUAUCGAUCGCUUACUUGUCAACAUAUUUUGGGUUUCUUCGAAGAAGAUAUAAAACCAUACGUGCAUUUUGCAAACCGGCAACGUUGAAAGAUUACUGGGUUUAAACCAAACGUUAUACGAAGGUACGAAAGUAGCGAGAUCAAAUACGAAAAGGAACUUUACGAAGCACAAAUUCUGAAAAUUCACGGUAAGUUUAAUAUUAGAAAUAUAAAAAUCUAGGUCUGUAACGCUUGUGUAUAAGCGUAAAAACGUGGCGUGAAAUCGCUAACAUGAAUAUUUUCCGACGCCCACGGUUUGUUUAUGAAAAGCGAAACGCGAUAAUUUCCGACGAUCUACGAAUAGAACUCUUUCUCAGCUGCGUCCUCGCCCGCAGACGCAAAGCGGACGCAUGGCGCCCGCCCAGUGGACGCACCCUCAAGCGCCCGCAGACGCACAGUGGACGCACGACGGACGCACGGCGCCCGCAGGACGGACGCACGGCGCCCGCAGGACGGACGCACCCGCGGGCGCCCGUGGACGCACAGUGGACGCAAGAUACCCGCGUCUUGGACGCGGUUUUUGAUAAGUUAUUUCUUGGCAGUACUGUACAUGUAUCUACCUAACUACCUACUUAUGCUCCGUUAGAGUCAGCCUUCUGUUUGAUGUAUAUUUGCAGAGACAUCCGUCCUGCACGUCUGUGUCAGAGAACUUCCAUGUCCUGUUGUCGUACAUCGAAGAACUACAUGAGAAACACGAGUUUUAUGGUUCUGCAGACAAACUGUUUGCUAUUGUAGCAAAAUGUACGAAGAAGAGACCGGUAAGCAUGAAUCUUUGGACCUUAUAUGCCAUACCAUAUACCAUACCCUAUACCAUACUUUUUCCAUACCUUAUACCAUACCUUAUAUUAUACCUUAUAAUGUAUACCAUACCGUAUACCAUGAUCUGCAUACUAUAUCAUAUACCAUACCGUAUGCCGUACCACGCCAUACCAUAUCGAUUAUUUUCCAUAUGUGCAGACGCUAGGGGUUCACCCUUACUAUCUUUCCCGCCUCCCUCCCCCAGCGCGUUCAGCACUAUAGUCGUGAAUUUUUAAUAAAAUAAUAGCAUAAAGAGAUACAGUUGAAUUUGUCAAACGUGUCUGAAUAACUGCCAACAAUUUGACCUCCCUCUGCCUUGAUACAUAUUGGAGAUGUUGUUGGAUUAAGAUGUAAAUAUUUUUCACUAAAGGAAUCAUCAGUGAUUUUGUUAGUCUCACAUCGUGCACAGUCACUUCAUCCUUAUUGCGACAACUGGUUUGAAAAUAUCAAGGAUUUGGUGGACAGAUAUUUUAAGUAUGAUCUGUUAUGAUGGUUUUUGUCGUGAUGUGUUCGUGUGUUGUGUUGUGUUGUGCUGUGUUGUGUUGUGUUGUGUUGUGUUGUGUUGUGUUGUGUUGUGUUGUGUUGUGUUGUGUUGUGUUGUGAUGUGUCGUGUCCGUGAGUUGUGUUCGUGAGUCGUGUCUGUGAGUUGUGUUCGUGAGACGAGUUGUGUUCGUGUUCGUAAGUCGUGUUCGCGAGUCGUGUUCGCGAGUUGUGUUCGUGAGUUGUGUUCGUGAGUUGUGUUCGUGAGUCGUGUUCGUGAGUUGUGUUCGUGAGUUGUGUUCGUGUUCGUGAGUUGUGUUCGUAUCGUGUUCCUGUGUUGUUUUGUGUUACUUGUGUUCAAUAACACGAUUUCAAUGCCCUGAUGGUAUUUACAUACAGUGCACAUAGACGCCAAACCUAUUUUUUGUGUGUUUAGAUGUGAAGAAAGAACAGCCAUAAGAAUUAAAGUAUUAGACGUACUUUGCAACAUUCUAGGAACUUUCUCGCCGUUAUAUGAGGUUUGAAGUUUUGGUUUUCCAAGCAGGUAGCUAAUUGCCUGUCCAUUUGUUUUUUUGGUGCUCGACGUCAUAUCUUGUAUAUAUAGCCAAACAGUGUUCGUGUUCUUUAAUUCUGCAUUCUAGUGUUCUUCCAGUUACUCCAAAAUAACUAAGGGUGCCACACAGUUACAGUGUCCGGGUGUGGAUUUACUUGAUUAUUUGCAGAAAAUGUUCAAUGCUCUCUUGUGGUCCCAGAAAGUAAAAUAUUUUUUCCAUCCGUGAUUCGAGAUUUCCAAAACUCAGGUGAUGAGUUUUAGGCGGGUUUACAUAACCCGCAAGCGGAUAAUAGAACUUGCCGGGCAACCUCGUUCCCAGGCUCUUCCCUCUUGUUUAUAGAACUUGCUUUAUGUUUCACUCUAGGAAGAGAUCCUUGAGAACUCAGUGUUACCAUAUUUAGACCACAUUGCUAAAGAUCGAGAUAUUGCCGUGCGUAUUAGAGCUGUUCAGCUGCUGGUCGAUGUUAUUGAGGGCUCAGAUUCACAGAAAGUUUGCGACGUUUUGAAUAUUAUUGAGAAGGUAUGAUAAUUCUGGCAUCAACUAUUUCGCUGACCUCAGAAUGAGAUAUCGUCAAAACGUUUUUCUUCGAGAUUGGUUUAGAAACAAAUUUGGAGUAGGGUUAGGUUAGGGUAAGGAUUAGGAUUAGGGUUAGAAUUGGUGUUCGGAGUAGAGUUAGUGUUAGUAAAACCGUUGCUUUGUUACGUUUUGUCACUCUGAGGCCAGCGAAAUAAUCUCUUCCGAUAAUUGUCAUCGUUGCCUUAUUGUCAUAGAAUAAGAAAUGAAUAGAAGGGCAACUCGCGUGUACAACGCGUAACCAAUUUCAGUGCGCACGCGCGGGAUCUCUCAAGCUCGCAGCCAGUAAAGCCAGUCAGUGCAAUAGGGAUUUGUAUUACGAAAUGUACAUUUUGAUCACAAAAUCGACUAUUUUUCGGAAACAAAGGAUUGGAAUAUCAAACUACUACAACUGCCUGCAGAGGCAAUGUAAGCCUAAAUUAUUAUUGUGGCUAGCAUAGAAAGAAACGAAUAUUUAGGGAGAAAUUUGAUAUUGUUGUGUGAGCUACAAUCUGAAAUGCUGACAGCCCAUCGCGGGGUACAUCCUCGGGUAGAAGAAUUUGCAUCACAGACUACGUCAUCAGUUAGUUAUAGCGAUUAGUUUUGAGGUUAGGGUAAGGGUUAGGGUAAGGGUUAGGGUGAGGGUUAGGGUAAGGAUUAGGCUUAGAGAUAGGGAUUUGGUUAUAUCUGACGCCACAAACAACACAACUAGCCGAUCACGUGAUCACUUCUCCUCUACCCGAGGAACUACCCCAAUCGCGUAUACUGUGUUAUUUAUUUCGAUUUUCGAGGUUUAUGUCAAAUCUUAUCAGGACAGGUUUUGGAUUGCAUCAAAUUUUAUUUAAAAAAGUAUAAAUUUCAAAGUCGCGAGCAAUUAAUCAAAUUUAUUUCGUGUGGGAAGUUGUCUGUCUGUGACUGACAUGUUGAACUACAAAUACAAACAAUAUCAGAAAAUGAUGUUAUUUAUUUAUGUAAUUAAAAUAUCAUGAUUAUGAAUUAACAUUCAUUCCUAUUACUACAAUAUUACUUCGAAGACAUCGAAUUUUUCCAAUAAAUAAACCAAACUAUCAUAUGUUAAUAUACUGUACUUUAUACUUUGUAAGUAAACAACAUGUACUAAUACGUUUAAAUUUCGCAUUUAGCAAUGGGCGUUGUGAAAACCCGGAAUGCCGGAAUAUCACGGAAUAUGGCGGAAUAUCACGGAAUAUGCCGGAAUAUCACGGAAUAUGCCGGAAUAUCACGGAAUAUGGCGGAAUAUCACGACAUUUUCCCGGAAUAUACCGGAACAUGACAAUAUUUUCCGAUGGUAGCCAUGCGACUGUUUAUAAACAUGGACGUCUGACAACAUAUUUUAUUACAAAAGUGAUGGAUCUUUCACAUUUUGACGGUAACAAACAAUAACUCUAUACUGGAAGUUUUAUAUGUUGUUUAUAUUACUUUUACGAGUGUUGUCCAAAAAUGUUUUAAAAUGUUAAAAACAUUAAGUUUGGUGAUCUUGAAUUAUGCUUAAUUGAUUUUCCUAGUUAGUUUUUUCAAUUAACAGGGCUGAAAUGCGCCUUAAAAACCAUCGUUCAACAGGCUGAACUGUGCCUUUAAGGCCCGUUUAUUGCAAUUUUUGCUGCGAUUUCUACAGCGAUUCAGUGGCGGAAAUUCACUUUUUCCGGGGGGGGGCAAAGCCUCCUAAAUUUCCGACAAAACUUUCAAAUUUCCGACGUACCCCCCCCCCAUUUGCACUCGAAAAGACUGUUUUUAGCCCUCUUUUAGGUCAAAAUUUCCGAAAAUUCGUCAAUUUUCCGUGAAGGUGGGGGGCGGCCGCGCCCCACCAUGAUUUCCGCCACUGCAGCGAUUUCCUCCUUCUAAUGCAUGUAAACAAGUAGAUGAGUUACGAAUGUUCGGAGUACAUGUACCCUCAUCAGAGCAUUCAUAACUCAUCCACUCGUUCACAUGCAUCAGGAGAAGAAAAUCGCACCUAAAAUCGCAGCAAAAAUUGCAAGUGUGAACGAGCCUUUCAUAAGGUCUGUUUACACUUGCAAUUUUUGCUGCGAUUUCUAGUGCAAUUUUCUUCUUCUGAUGGAUGUGAAUGAGUAGAUGAGUUAGGAAUGUUUUGAGUAUGUGUACCCUCAUCUGAACAUUUAUAAUACAUUUACUCGUUCACAUGCGUCAGAAGAAGAAAAUCGCACUAGAAAUCGCAGCAAAAAUUGCAAGUGUAAACAUGCCUAUAGACAAAAUUUAGUUAAAAAUUAUUGGUUAAGGUUUAAUAAGACGGGACUUCUUAAUACCCGAACAACUGGCUCAAAGUUGCCUUAAUUUUAGCUUUUGAUUUUUGGAUAAAUGCUUGGUGGUAUAAAAUGGUCAAUUUUAACUAAAUUUUGUGUAUAACACAGUUCUGAAGGCGUUCGAAAAUAAUGCUGACGUCAGCACUUUUGCUUUUCAAGACGCUGUAACUCAGGAGCAAAUCAUAUUUGCUCAAAAUUUUUGGUGAACACUCGUAAUAAUAAUAUAAACAACAUAUAAAAAUUCCAGUAUAGAGUUAUUGUUUGUUACUUACCGUCAAAAUGGGAAAGAUCCAUCACUUUUGUAAUAAAAUAUGUUUGUCAGACGUCCAUGUUUAUAAACAGUCGCAUGGCUACCAUCUGAAAAUAUUGUGAUGUUCCGGUAUAUUCCGGGAAAAUGUUGUGAUAUUCCGUGAUAUUCCGCCAUAUUCCGUGAUAUUCCGCCAUAUUCCGUGAUAUUCCGCCAUAUUCCGGCAUUCCGGGUUUUCACAACGCCCUUUAGCAAUUCUGUAACAGCUCAUAACCAACAGAAAUGUAUUCGCUAACCUUCAAAUUACAACCAGCGGCCGUGGUUUGUAAUUUGAAUCGUUCGUUUGCGAAAAAUAGUCGAUUUAUUCAGCCAAAUGGCCAUUCUGCAAUACAAAUCUCUAAUAAAUUGACUGGCUUUACUGGCUGCGAGUAAUUAGAGCGGGCAAUUUCCAGUAUGCGCGAGGCGACAUGCGCGGCUUCAAAAACUUCAAAGGUUCCGACUCAAGUUGCCCUUCUAUUCAUUUCUUAUUCUAUGUUAUUGUUAUAUGCUCGUGUUUCCACAUUUCGUAUUUCCUUUUCAUAUCAACGUUAUGACGUCACUCCGUUUAAUAGGAUGUCGGAACUCCAUAUUUGGUCAGCUACGGAGUUUGUAUGACGAUUUUACGGUUGGCUGUUAGCCAAUCAGAAACCAUGAAUUCUUUGAAAUCAAUAUAUAUUUAUCCUUUCCAGAUAGCUCGCUGUCCAGUAGAUCCUCUUAAACGUUACGUCAGACCAUCGCAACAUGGUUCAAGUAAGGAGCAGGUUGGUAUAGUGCAUGUGUAAUUCAUGAGUAGUUUAGUCAACCAUAUUGCUUUAUUUUGCUCGCAUGAUAAUACUGGAUACCUGGUGAAGUAUAUUGAUCAAGUCCUAGGACUGCAUCAAAAUUAAUUCAGUCCUUGGACUCACUGGAUCAAAAUUCACUUCACUUUAAGUAGUGAUUUAAGCCCUGGGCAAAGUAGGAAACAUUGUUGCGGAAACAUUUGUGAUUCUCGAUGUUUCCUCAAAUGUUUCCAUGUUUGUCCACCCGUGGAAACAUUGUUGCGGAAACAAAACUUGCUUCCCGGGAAGCAAAAAUGUUUCCUAGCGAAUUCAGAAACAUUUGAUGUUUCCCUAUGUUUCUCACUAAUGUUUCCUAGUGUUUGCCCACCCUGCGAAACAUGGCGAAACAUUGGUAGGAGACAAUGUUUCCGCAACAAUGUUUCCUAGAUUGCCCAGGGCUUUAUUCGUAUGAGAUGUCAUUUCAAAUCUUCCAUUUCGGACUGGACUAGAUUUCAAAUGCUCGCAUUUUGACCCAGUCCUCGGCUUCACCUCGGAUUGGAUCAAAUUGCGCGGACUUGAAAUCUAGUCCAAUCCUCAUAGUCGGAUAUGAAAUAUUACUUCAAAAACUCAUUAAUAAUUCAUGAGGAAAACACAAAGAGAAAUCAUAAGCAUGGCGUGUCUUUAUAUGUGAUAAAACACGCUUCAAAUUUCAACUUGUAUUUUCUCAGCUAAUACAAAGUUAUUUUGGAAAAUUAUUUCGCCAAUGCCGUGAUCUGAGACGUUUUUGAAGCUGUUUAAUAAACUCUCCUACUCGUUUAUUAAACAGUACGUCACAAUCUAUCAUUCACUCAAAAUAUCACACCAUCAUUCAAUUAAUCAAUUUUAAUAAUUACUCCAUUAAUGAACCAAAAAAAUAUUUUAUAUAUUGUUUAAUUCCAUGAGUUGUUCCAAUCCUUAUAGCCUCAAGAUGAGAAAGUGUUAAGAGACAUUAAAGAGGCUGUCUUAGGAUUAGUUCGCUUGUUCAAGGUAUGUACUUUUUAGUUUUAACAAAUCAGUCACUCGAAGAUUGGAUAGGCUUCUAUCAGAGUAGAAUGCUACUCACAAUGAUGCUUUUGAGAUUAGAGUUAAAGAGUAUGGGCAACAGAAUUAGGUAUGCAUGUUUACACUGAAAGACCUCUUUAUGCUGUAGAAUUAGUCAUCUUACAAAAUUUUUAUAAUCUUUCUUUGGUUAGAAGAUAUUUCAUUUUAUUUGAAAUGUAAAUAAGAUGAUGUAACAAGCCGGAUAAACUAUUUGACAGUCCACAGAACUCUAAAAACAUCACAUUUUGUAUGCAGAUUAGUCACUACUUAAAUGUUAUAAUCUGUUUUGAACAGUGAGCUUUUUAGGACUUUGGCGUGACCUCCUCUUUGAAAAUAUUUUACCAGGUUGUGACGUACAGUAAUAGAUUUGUUUCAUUUGCGUAUUAAACAACCGAAAAUAUCUCAAGAACGGAAAUUUGUGAAAUGAUUUAUUUUACAUUUUAACGAGUUCUUUCUGUAUAAACAGACUUGAAUUUCAUUGCCCAUACAGUACCCUUUAAGUUUAAGUACUGUAUUGUCUAUAUUCUUGGAAGUUACAGUACAUGUGUCCCCGAUUAGUGAAACCUUUGGUUUUGCUAUAAGACAUGACACUUUAAUAAAGUUAUCAUGAUCACCGUUCUAUUUCCUGCAGGUAAAGCUGCUCCGUAAACCUCAAGAACAUGCAGAACGUAUCUUCGGUAUCUUAGUUUCUCAUAUAAAAGCUCAUUAUGACAAUGGAUAUAGAACGUACAUUGCAUCACAAAUACGGCUGGCGGUGAGUGGCUUUUACUUGUAUUUAUACCUGCUCCUAUCGUUUCAUUAUCGUAAUCGAUCAAUAGGCAAUUCCAGCUAUAGACUUUCGGCUCAAAUGUGUCGCUUUUCCUGCGCGUAAUACAAAUUAAUACAAAAUUUGCAAAUUUCGCAGUGCUAUAUUUUCCUCAUUUUACAACAUUUCGCAACCAAACUUUGCAACUUUACUAAUUUAAGAUCGAGCUUUGGUGAUGGAUUUUGUUCUUCUUGCCUAGAUCAAAAUGUUUUUGUAUGUUACGUUGUAACACGCUCUCAAAAUUAAUGAGUAUAAUAUACCAGUUGCGUUUAUGACUAUCAUCCAAAAUUUUUAUUUUUUGAUACGUUUCGGCAACCAAACUUAAAAAGUUUGUUUAGUGCUUUAUCUGUAAAGUAAUGCUAAAAUGAAGAGAUUUAGAUGGUACGCCAAAGAGAAAAUGUUGUCUGAAGUUCAGUAAGUUUUGCUUAUAUUACUGUAAAUUUAUGCCGUCACUUUUAAAGCAUCAAUGAUAAUUGCAUUUUAAUUGACAAGUUUUUACUAUUAUUUUAUGGUCAAUUUACAAAUGCCAAAAAAGUGUACUAUUCGGGGCUACUAUAGGGGCGAUCUGGGGUUUCAGAUUGGCUAAAAAUGCAUUUGCCAUACAAUAUUCUACAGUCUAUAUGCAUGUAUACACUAUCGCACUAUUAAGAUGGAUGCAGUUAUAAUAGGCAAUUCCAGCUUUUAGUUCAUGCGUGCAGGGGGUGAUGGGAAGUAAGGUAUCAUAUUGCUGAUUAUGCUGAAAAAAUAAAAAUGGCGGCCGUGCUAACACGGAGUGAUAGCUUAUACUUGUAAAUAUUGAAAUAUUUCGGUUGUUUCGGCAGUUUUUAUUGAAAUUUUUCAGCAUAAUCAGCAAUAUGAUACCUUUCUUCCCAUCGCCCCCUGCGCGCAUAAAUUAAAAGCUGGAAUUGCCUAUUGCAUUUCUGAGGUCAUAUAACUACGGUACAGGUCACAUUCUUUUUAUUGGUUAGAAUAUUUCCUCUGAAUUUCUUCUUUUAUCUAAAUUUUUACAAUUAUCUUUUUUUCUUUCUUGGGGAAAUAUUUUCUGGGAACACAAGAAAUUUUCUGGGACCAAUGGUCCCGUGGUCUGAUACUUUUUCCAACCUGUAUGAGCCAUUGAUCACACUUGCUUUUUGUUUUCCCACAGAUUCUGAAAUGUUUUCUAAGUUUACGAGCUGACAGUGGUCAACGUUUAGGCAUGGUGCAAGAGAACAAUGGUGAAGUAAAGUUCAGUUCAUAUUUUGCUUGCAGCGACCGAAAAAGGUAUGUUGAUCUCAAAAUAAAACCGACCUCACAAUAAAACUGGAUUGAUAUACAUUGCGUAAAAAAUGCCGCUAGUAUAUAAAGCAAUUCUAGUAUAAAGCAAUUCUGCGUCCGAAUGCGCCCUAGCUACUGGAUUAUUUUACUCUGUUGGUUUUACUUUUUACUGCCGGUUUUACUUGUCAAGAGAAGAACGCUGGCGCUCAAUGGGUUAUCUUGUCAAAAGUGGUUUAAAAAAGAUGACUUUUAAGCCUGUUUUCCAUUCAUCGUAAGAGUGAACUAGCAAGGUCGCUGGGAGUGCUAUCCAGGGGCGUCGAAGCGGCUCUAGAAGUGGGUGGGGGGGCACACCUACCACACUAGGGGGUCCGGGGCAUUGCCCCCGGAAACAUUUUAAAACUAGAGUCUCUGAAAUGCCAUUUCCUGCACUUUAGAAGGAGAUUUACAAUGUUCUAGAGGUAACAAAAUAUCAUAAAAUAUCUCAAAUUGUUUUGUCUACACGCGUAAUUGAAAUAUUAUCAUUUAACUUUGUGGUUUAUUAUUGACCAUUGUUAAAAAGUGUGUGGGGGGGGGGAGGGCAAAGACAUUAGGCCCCACUUCCGACGCCCCUGGUGCUAUCAUCCAAUCACAAUGCUCGACACUCACAGCGGGCGUUUGCGAGUUGACUUCUGCGAUGAGUGGAGAAAAGUCCUUGCUGGAUGUCUGAAGAGAACAGUUAUGGAAGGAGCAGCUAUCACAUGUGCAAACUGUAUAUCUCAUUAUUGUAGCUCCUCGGAAGAUAAAACGUCUGGGCUCGUUUCUCUGCCAUACAGCGAAGCUAUGAACGUCAUUUUAAUGUGUUUACAACAGGUAAAUACCACUUAAUUAACCAUAUUUUAUUAUUUUAAUACCUAUAGGCCCGUUUACACUUGGGCCAAAAAAAAAUAUGUGGGUUUUCGGUUUCUUCUUAUAAAAACUUCGGUAGGGUAGGUCGGUUUUAACUUUUUUUUUAAACUUUUUUUAAUUUUCCGAACAAGCGGACGCCAUUUUGUUUAGUCAGUGCUUUCACAUCCAAAGAUAAAUUUCCCUAACAUUGCCUCAAAUUUAAAUUUUCCACAAACUUUUUCCUCUAAGUGGAAACACUUACAAGCAUGAUCCAAUAAAAAAGUUUAGGGUCGGGAUUUCGAUGUCCAAAAGCUAGGUAGGGUCGGGAAACCGGAAACCCACAUAUUUUUUUUUUGGCCUUGCAAUUUUUGCUGCGAGUUUAGGUGCGAGUUUCUUCUGGUGGAUGUGAAAGAGUAAAUAAGUUAUGAAUGCUCUGAGUACACGUACCCUCAUCUAAACAUUCCUAACUCAUCCACUCGUUCACAUACAUCAGGAGAAGAAAAUCGCAGCAAAAAUUACAAGUGUAAACAGGCAUUUAGAGUCAAGGCGUGUAAUGAAAUUAAUCAUUCCAUCGUGUAUGUAGUUUUUGCUCAAAAUUUUCAUCCACGAUAUUUUAACCUGCAUGACUACUAUUUGCUCGCGAUGUGCCCCACUGCGCCCCCACUGGCGAUUUUACUUUUUCACAGAAAACUGUUUAGCCUGUUUAAGCAGCUAUGUACCCUGCCUUUGGCAGUUUACUUUGCCAGACGAGUCCUCCCAUGACUAUCUACAUAUUAAUGUCUACCUUGUGGUGCAGGGGCCAGUUGUUCCAAGCUGGGUUAGCUUAACCCUAGGUUAACCUAAAAUUCAAAGCACACUUCCUGACAGCAUGUCUAUAAAUUUGGAAAUAUUUCUUCAGAGAUCUUGUCUGUAUCGAUGGGAGUUUACUUCUCUGAAGUUUUGAAAUAAACAGGCGUGCAGAAAUACACAAACUAAAACAACAGGUUACAUUUUAACCCAGGGUUAGCGCUAACCAACCUUUGAACAACCGGCCCCAGGGCUUUUAUAAUCUUUUUGAAGGGGCUGUGUCACGGCGCCGAUUGGCUGAAAUCAACGAGGACUUUGAUUGGCUAAUCGUAUAGUGAUUAUAUAUGCAUGAGACAAAGACAUUUGAGACAAAGACCUCAAAGGCAUUUGCCCUCGCUGGUUAAUAUUUUGCCUGUACAAAACAGCGAAAUAUACAAACAAAAAGUGAACAGUGAAUAUCACAUGAUUGAAUUGUAUCGUCCAGUGACUCUUAACGCAAAGGAUUGCCAAGAUUUCUGAAGGACUACAAACGAUAUUGUGUGACUUGAAAAAAAGAUGGCAAUCCACUUCUCAAGUUCGGAAUGCGCAGUAGCAUCGUGACACAGCCCCUUUAAGUAAGCGGCUGUGAUGAGAAGAUAGGUGGCUGCCCCCAAUGCAGGAAUAUUUUUACCAAAUCCGUCCAUGAAACUACAUAAUUCUCCAUUUUUAAGUAGCCGAAUGCCGCAAAACCGUGACUGUAAAGUAUAUGCCGAAAACAGUCGCAUACUUUAUAGCGACAAACCGUGGCUAUAUAAGAUAUGCCGAAAAUAGGCAGCGGUAAACCUCGUAACACUCGCUGGUUUGUUUUGAAAGCCCUGUAUACACGCGUAAAAAUUAUGAGCCCGGUGUUUAACAGGAUUGAACAAUGUUUUGCUGUCCACGUUGUUCACACUUACUGUAUCAACAAUAUUGAACAAUAUUGUUGAGCCUGAAUCGGGUGUAACAAUAUUGUUCAAUAUUGUUGAUAACUGUGAACAAUGUGGGCAGCAAAACAUUGUUAAAUCCUGUUUUCAUCUGUAUUGCAACAACCUGAUCGUUUUUAGCCGUUUCGUGGGUAAGUUUCGAAAGUAAAAUUAUGAUGCAGGUUUUAUGUUUGACAUUCUUCAGGAGUUGGAAUGGGAAGUAUUGGAUGUUGUAUUGACAAUCAUUCCAGAAACACUUGAGGAUAAAAAUUUGAUUCUCUCUGGAAAACAAUACUUGAACUCAAUAUGUACGGUAUUAUCGAAAAUGGUAAGUGUUUCUGCAUCGCAGUAUGACAUUUUCCCAUAGAAAUGUUAGACCUAGAAUGCGUGCUUGAUCAUGUGACCGGUGUCAAAAUUGAAAACAAAAUUGCCCUUAUAAGUCGGCCAUGUUGGAUUUGUCCGAGGAGCGGUCUAUAGCGAUUUGUCAUGGGGCGAGUUUAAUUUGCCCUUAUAAUAUCGGCCAUUUUGUAUAUGAAAUGAAAUUUCUUAUUUUCUUAAAUGAAAGAACUCUUUAAGCUGUAGUGUAACUUAUUUUUCAGUUUCUUGUUUUUAUGGUUUGUUCCCGAGAUAUUUCAAUUUGUUUGAUAUGUAAAUGAGUGUGAAUAUGUCCGCUAAUUUAUGACGUCGUGUUGGUUGCAAGCUCUUCAAAAUGGUUGAAUAUCACUGCUAUCAUCCAAGAUGAUAAUUUCAAACUUCACUCACUGGGAAAGGUGAUGAAACACUGGAGAAGAACAUGAACUGAUAUCAACAGUUUUUAGAGUUAAUACAUUUAUAACCUGUGUAAGUUGAGCUUGCAACCAACAUGACGUCCUAAAUUAGCGGACAUAUUCACACUCAUUUACUUAUCAAACAAAUUGAAAUAUCUCGGAAACAAACCAUAAAAACAAGAAACUGGAAAAUAGCUUACACUACAACUUAAAGAGUUAUUUCCUUUAAGAAAAUAAGAAAUUUCAUGUCAUAUGCACUUUAACUGAGAGAGGACAGGAGCACGCAUUCUAAGUCUAAUAUUUCUAUGCAUUUUGGCCACGUGUUGCUGAAUACACAAUUCAUUACAUGGCGCUCAAAUAGUCUUUUAAUUUUUCUCUUAGGUUUCAAAUUAUGAUUUCCUUCCUGGAUUAUUUCGCGUUCCUCAUGAUAUGCGUCGUCCUCAUUUGUAUGCAAGAAUUUUUCCGGUAUGUGUCUAGUGCAUUGAUCUCAAACGUAGAACUGGACAGACCACCAAUUUAUGAAGCCAGAAUUUUAUAAUGAGAAAUCGAAUAUACUUACCUGUUGAAAUUAGUUUUAUUGUGAAGCGGCAAUGGAGGUGUUAAUGUGGUUAAAUGUAUAUUUAAGCAAGGUUAACGGCUGAUGUAUCACGCCUAACAACGUUAGAGGGGAGUCUCUGACGUCACGUAAGUUCACGGGCAUUCGCCGACUGCUUAAGGCUAGUUUCCACUCAGGAAAAUUAUCCGUGGAUUGGAACGGACAAGAAAAUUUUUCUUUGUGUUAAAGUCAUUAGUUCCAACCCAGAGCUCACAAGACAAAGAAAACUUUUCUUGUCCGUUCCAAUCCACGGAUAAUUUUCCUGAGAGUGGAAAAUAGCCUUUACUGCAUGUGUAUUGUUCUUCCUUAAACUUCGCCAUUUUCCCACCCCACACCCAUUUAUUUUUUAUUUUAUUAGUACUCGUGGGAUUCGAUUUAUAGAGGUUCUAGAAAUGAUAUUCUUUUUCCACUGAAUUCAAUGUGACUGGUACCGGAGGUCUGCCUUGGCAGAUUUGUCAUGACAAACUCCUAUUGCUACUAUAAUUAGCCGUAUGUUAUUAUGUUUGUGGCUCUUUUUGACAUUGUGUUUUGCCACCAUUGCUAUUGACCACCAACUAUGCUGUUAACCAGGGUAUAUGGUUGAAUUAAACAGAUUACGUUAGGUGUAUUAUUUACUAAUUAAUGAAAUACAGCUCUUUGUAGGCAUCUGGUUGCGAAUAUACAUGUAGCUAAUUCAAAAAAGGUUGUCCUUUGCAAACCUUGAACUCCAAACCUUAAACCUUAAACGUGCUUAAGGUUACAGAACACGUUUGAGUGUCAAUUUUGUCUAAAUUUUUUUUAUGGGUUUCCAUGAAAGCAUUAGACUGGUUCUACUAUCUGACCAAGUUUGAACGAAAAAUGUUGAAAACUCGCAGAGUUAUUUAAUAAAAUACAUUUCGCUGUAAUAAGAAAAACAUUGAAAAUGUAAUAUUCAAAUUCAAUUUUCUCCCGAAGAAUUUUACGGCAAUUACUGAUUUUUAAACGAGUUGUGCUCCUGCGGGUUUUAACCAAUUGUUCUCAAAUUUUCACAGGACAUAGCUACAGACAUCAGUUUCAAAAUGGUGUUUGGUUUUGUUCUAAUUUUGGAUAUUUUAAUAAUAAGGAGCAAUUCACUCAAAUGAUUCAGAAAUAUAUUGCAGUGGUCAAAGAAAUUGCCAUAUCAGCGGAAUGACGAAAUAAACAAAACUUUCCGAACACAAUUUUUUAGAACAACUAUUUUACUGUAUAAAAAUUAUAUUUUCAUAAAUAUAUCUUAAAACCAGCAGGAACAUAACUCAAAAGCGUAAAGGUACCGCGAUUUAAGAUUUUCCUGAAUAAUUCUUAUAUUAUUUCAUUGUUUGUCAAUUUUACAACUUUACCAUAUUUAGCAUGCACUGGAGAACAUUUGGUGAAGAUUUGAUGAAAAUCGGACUGAUAUUGAGCGCGCAGUAGCGAUUUUCCGCAAAACGCCCAAAAGGGUGUCCUGUAACCUUAAACGUGCAAAGCACAAUGGGAGCAUCAUUUAAUCAGUUGAGAAAUCAUAUUUGGGGCUCAUUUCUUAGAGACAUGGCAAAUAUCUCCUUACGAGAACAAUUCAUUCACAAAUAGCUGCAAUAUUCAACUACUGAGCUUGAAAUUGUGCUCCCAUUAUGCUUUGCGCGCUUAGAGUUCAAGGUUUAGAGUUUAAGGUUUGCAAAGGACAACCUUUUUGAAUUGGCUGUAUAUAGUAAACACGUUAUUUCGUUGUUGCGUUUAGAAGACGUUUUAUUAUAUCAUAGGUGUUGACAGAGCUUUGUACAUACCAUCCUUUCAUUGGUCAGGAUGAACAGGUUAGAAUAUUACAUCAUUUGUUUUCCCAGUGA